GUCUGCUCUCCAUUCCCUUUAUUUUUCUGAAAACCCGAUACUUUCUCUUUUCUUCUUCUCUGUCGCUCUAAUCCCCAACAUCAGAGGAUAUAUUGUUCACCCCUUCACUCUUUCCUUCGGGUAUCCAGUUUUACUCUUCCACUUUACUUGUUGACAUCUCUAUCUCUCACUCUUUCAAAUAUUUCCAGCAUGUCUUGGUGCACUAUUGAGUCUGAUCCUGGUGUGUUUACUGAACUUAUACAGCAGAUGCAAGUGAAAGGCGUGCAGGUGGAGGAGUUGUAUUCGUUGGAUAUGGAUUUUCUAAACAAUCUUCGUCCUGUGUAUGGUUUGAUAUUCCUUUUCAAGUGGCGACCUGGGGAGAAAGAUGAUCGUGUUGUAACUAAAGAUCCAAACCCCAACUUAUUUUUUGCAAGCCAGGUCAUCAAUAACGCUUGCGCAACACAAGCAAUCCUUUCUAUUCUUAUGAACUGUCCUGAUGUUGACAUCGGCCCAGAAUUGUCGAUCUUAAAAGAAUUCUCAAAGAAUUUUCCUCCUGAACUUCGAGGCCUGGCAAUUAAUAACAGUGAAGCCAUACGUACGGCUCACAAUAGCUUUGCAAGGCCUACACCAUUUGUGCCUGAGGAGCAAAAGGUUGCAGGAAAGGAUGACGACGUGUACCAUUUCAUUAGUUAUCUACCCGUUGACGGUGUAUUAUACGAGCUUGAUGGACUGAAGGAAGGUCCAAUUAGUCUUGGUCAAUGUCCUGGUGGUCAAGGUGAUUUGGAUUGGUUAAAAAUGGUGCAACCUGUGAUCCAAGAACGUAUUGAUAGGUAUUCUGGAAGCGAGAUAAGAUUCAAUCUGAUGGCAAUUAUAAAGAACAGGAAGGAGAUGUAUACGGCUGAACUCAAGGAUCUUCAAAAGAGGAGAGAACGUGUGUUGCAGCAGCUUUCAUCGGCACAGGCUGAGAGGCAAGUGAAUGGUGGCAGUGUCGAAUCUCUGAACAAGUUGCUUUCAGAAAUAAAUAUGGGUAUUGAGAGCGCGACUGAGAAGAUAUUGAUGGAGGAGGACAAAUUCAAGAAAUGGAAAACUGAAAACAUACGCAGGAAACACAAUUACAUCCCAUUCUUGUUUAACUUCCUCAAGAUUCUUGCUGAGAAAAAACAGUUGAAGCCCUUGAUUGAGAAGGCAAAGCAGAAAUCAAGCAACACUACACCUAGGUGAACAGUCUACUGCUUUUUCGCCAAUUGUUACUAGAAGCUUGGAAGUACACAAGAAAAUUGGUGCGCAAGGGAGUUCAGAGAUCUUUCUGUUAAUCUGGUCUCUAAUUAUAGUGUCAAAGACUUUGCUUAAAACUCCUUAUUGCACUUUCAAAUUCCUUUAAUUUUCUAUGUUCUGUUUAAGAUGUUUGGUUUUUUUUAUGACAAGGGCAUGUACCCAUCAUUCUAGUUAGUUCCUGGUCCUGAUAGUAUAUUAUACGGAAA